AUACACAAACAUCACAAGCAAUCUUUGACAACACAUUUUCGCCAUCAUGGGUUUGAAAGAGGAUUCUGUCCCAAUCCCACAGCCACCUCCCUCUCUCUUUCUAGGCAAUAUUGGCGACAUCGAUCCCACCAAUAUGCCUGAAUCCUUUUGGCGGCUGGCAGAGACAUAUGGCGAUAUCUUCAGACUCCAAAUCGCUGGUCGAAACUUGAUCAUUUGCAGCUCUUACGAAACUGUCAAGGAUACUUUUGAUUGGUCUCGAUUUGAAAAGCCAAUUAUGGGCACUCUGGUGGAAUUGCGCGCUAUGGUUGGCGAUGGACUUUUCACUGCUCGGACUGACGAAAAGAAUUGGGCUAUUGCGCACAGGGUGUUGAUGCCUGUUUUUGGGCCGAUUGGCAUCCGAAAGAUGUUUGACAAUAUGAUGGAUAUCAUCUCGCAAAUGGUCCUUCGCUGGGAUCGUUUGGGUCCUGAGAAUGAGAUUAUGUGCAGUGACGACUUCACUAGGUUGGCAUUUGAUGUGAUCGGAUUUUGUGCUUUUGGCCACCGAUUCAACAACUUUUACAAGGAUGGGACGCAUCCUUUCAUCAAACAGAUGACCGAAGUCCUCAUCGAAAGCGGAAAACGAUCGAACCGGACAGCCCUCGAGAACAGAAUGAGGAUUUUUUCUGCGCAGCGUAAUAUGGAAAAUAUCAAGGCCAUGCAUGAUGUUUGCGAUCAGAUUAUCGAGGACCGCAUCAAGCACCCACAGCCUGACAGUACCGACCUGCUUAAUCCCUUGCUUUAUGGCAAAGAUCCAGAGACUGGCGAGACCAUGUCGAGAGAGAACGUAAGGUAUAACAUGUGUACCUUUUUGGUGGCAGGGCACGAGACCACGAGCGGAACGUUGGGGUUUCUCUUCUACCACCUCUUGAAAAAUCCACGAACAUAUCUGAGAGCUAUGCAAGAAGUCGACGAAGUUGUGGGUGAAGGGCCUCUGACAGUCAACCAUCUACCGAAGCUGGUUUAUAUUAAAUUUGCAAUCUACGAAGCACUUCGCUUCAUGGGACCUAUAGCGGUCAAUACCAAGCAUGCAUUGAAGCCGACACUGAUCGCGGGCAAGUACUAUGUCGAGCCUACCGACCAUAUCUUGCUGAACUUGAAGCCUUUUAUGCAUGAUCCAAAGGUCUGGGGACCAGACGCCGAUGAAUACAAGCCCGAGCGCCAUCUGAAUGGUGGCUUCGAGAGUCUACCCCCCAAUGCGUUCAAGCCUUUCGGAGACGGCCCUCGCGCUUGCAUUGGCCGCACCUUUGCGGAGCAAGAAAUGAUCAUGGCUGUCGCGGUGAUCCUACAGAAUUUCCAAGUCGAGAUGGCUGACCCCAGCUACAAUCUAUGGAUUCAACCAACGCUCACCAUCAAGCCGGGCGCCUUCAGCAUCAAAGUGCGCAGACGACCUGGUCGCGACCUAGCUACUUCCCUCGGUGGGAAGUCUGCCUCUUUAAACCACGUGAACAAAGGCAAGACUGCGGAUGGCAAAGCUUCUCCUGUUCUGGAGGCGAAACCUAUGACUGUACUUUAUGGCUCCAAUUCUGGAACUUGCAAGUCCUACGCCGAAGAAAUAGAGUCCGAAGCUCCGCGCUACGGAUUCAAAGCAACUGUUGGAACACUAGACUCUGCUACUGAACAUGUACCCAAAGAUCACCCUGUCGUCAUGAUUGCUCCUUCAUACGAAGGAAAGCCUGCGGACAAUGCCAAGAAGUUUUUCCAAUGGCUUGAAGACAGCGCAACCUCGGAGCACCUGAAAGGUGUCAGCUAUUCGGUCUUUGGAGUUGGGAACUCUGACUGGGUGGACACUUUCCAUCGCGUUCCCAAAUUGCUCAGUCGCAAAUUCGAAGAAUUGGGUGCGGUCAAGUUCACUGACAUAGGAUCUGUUGAUGUCAAAUACGACUUGGUAGGUCCUUGGGAGUCCUGGAAAGAAACUAUGUUCAACGACCUUCGCAAGUCCAGUGGUACUUCCACUGCUAUCAGCGGAGACGAGAUUCAGGUUGAAGUCAAGUCUCCCAGGUUUGCUUCUCAUCUUGGAGGUUCCCAGAUCGGCUAUGGCGUGGUGAAGGUGAACCAGGACUUGGGUGGUAGCGAAGUUGGGUUAUUGAAAAAACACAUGGAAGUCGAACUGCCAAUGGGAACAGGGUAUAGAUCGGGUGACUAUGUCGUGGUGCUACCCAUGAACAACAUUCGCACCGUCAAGCGAAUUCUGAAACGCUUCGAUUUGCUGCCAGAUGACGACAUUACAGUCACUGGCACACACAAGGCUUUUCUUUCCACCGACAUCCCGAUCUCCGUCUUUGACCUGCUCAUGACGCGAGUCGAAUUGGGCACACCUGCUAGCCAAAAACAGAUUCAGACCAUUGCCAGUCAUUCGCCCGAUGAAACGCGCGCCAAACUCGAUGCUCUCACGCAGGACGAUACAUUUCAGCGGGAGGUCACCGGCAAGCGCAUGACAAUCCUCGACAUCUUAGAAGAUAAUACAGAUGCAACUAUCCCCUUCUCCAAGUAUCUCAAUACGCUUAAGCCUCUCACCCCCCGCCAAUAUAGCGUCUCCUCCUCGCCACUCGCAAACACCACAAUGGUACAAAGUCAAGACGGCACAGCAACACAGCAGCUCACAGUCUCAAUCACCUACGAUGUACACGAUCAGCCUGCUUUUUCCGGACGCGGAGAAUUCCACGGCACCGCCUCGACGUUCCUCUCUCGUCUAGAGCCCGGCGAAAAGCUGCGCUGCUUCAUCCGCCCAACCAACGUAAACUUCCAUCUCCCUACUGACCCUUCCCUCCCCAUUAUCAUGAUCUGCGCUGGAACCGGCAUCGCUCCAAUGCGUGGGUUUAUCCAAGAACGAGCCGCCAUCAAGGGAAAUCGCAAUACCGUCCUUGGCCCCGCGAUUCUCUACUUUGGCUGCCGCGACUACCAAAGGGAUUUCAUCUACUCAGACGAGCUUCAACAGUGGGAGAAAGACGGAAUAAUCUCGAUGCGCCCCUGCUUCUCCAAGAGUGGUCCCGAUGGCGAGGGAAAGGGUCCCAAGCAUGUCCCUGAUCGUAUGUGGGAGGAGCGCGAGGAUCUGAAGAAGUUGUUUGCGGAAGGUGCUAAGAUCUUUGUGUGUGGCAGCGCGAAGAAGCUCGGGAAGAGCGCGGCAGAUGUUUGUAAGAAAAUUUGGUUGGAGAGGCAUAGUGGCGAUGGGGUCGGUGAGAAGGAGGCUGAGGAGUGGUUGGAUAGUGUUCGUGAGGACCGGUACGUCAGUGAUACGUUUGAAUAGUGGCUUCCAUUGUGGGAAAGGUUCCGAAUAAGGAAUCGCAAUGAGCUCUUCGAGUUUGAUCUAUUGGAAAUAUAGAAAAUUGAAAGCAUACUUUUUUCUAGCACUACCCUUGUACUCUCGUGAUGAUUUGAGACGAAACUUCGCAUUGUUGUCAAACUUGUGUUCGCGCCGGGAAUUGUCGAUCCCAACCAUCUCAAGCCUAUAAGUCCAAGAGACUUAUUUUAAAGGGGGAUGCAGGGAGUACGAAAGCUUGAGCAAUCAGGACAUUACGAGAUGGUUCAAAACCUCACAUUCAAUUUGAUACGCCAAUGCCUAUACGACGCGCACCAAAAAAUAAUGAGCUCAACCAUAACUGAAAAUCAAAAUAAAAGUCAAAAAACAAACAUAAGAAGCCCCCAGAAA